AAAACAUUUGAGCUUUGGCUGGCUUCUGUGGCUAGGGAUGUUGUCCUGGAAGAAGUGUCAUGGACUGGGCAUGGCGCGGCUCUUGGGUUUCUGCUUGUUGGUUCUGUUUUUCUGGAGGGGCUCCCAGGCUUGCCCCACAUCCUGCACUUGCACUACUACUCGGAUCUGGUGCAGCAAUCCUUCUCCGGGUAUCAUGGCCUUUCCAAGACUGGAACCAAACAGUCCUGACCCAGAGAAUAUCACAGAAAUUUAUAUUGCAAAACAGCCAAGGUUAGAGACCAUCAUUGAAGAUGACCUGGAAGGAUAUGUGGGGCUGAAAAAUCUAACGGUGGUGGAAUCAGGACUAAUAAUGGUGGCUCAUCAAGCAUUUCUGAAAACCCCUAAUCUGCAGUACAUCAAUUUUACCAAGAACAAAUUGACAAGUUUGUCUAGGAAGCAUUUCCGUCAUCUCUUCUUGACUGAGCUAACUUUAGUGGGCAAUCCAUUGAAGUGCUCUUGUGACAUCCUAUGGAUCAAGACAUUCCAAGAGACUAAAUCCAAUUCAGAGACGCAGGAUUUAUACUGCAUAAAUGAAAACAAACAGAAGAUUCCUCUAAAAGACCUGAAGAUACCCAACUGUGUUGUGCCAUCAGCAAAUUUGAUCUCACCCAAUCUCACAGUUGAGGAAGGGAAGUCCAUCACAUUGUUUUGUAACACAUCAGGACAUCCAGCUCCUGAUGUAUCCUGGGAAGUCGGUAAUCUGGUUUCCAAACAUAUGAAUGAAACAAGCAAAGCAUCAUCGGCCUCUUUAAAGAUAACUAACAUUUCAUCUGAUGACAGUGGAAAACAAAUCUCUUGUGUGGCAGAAAACAUUGUAGGAGAAGCGCAAGAUACUGUCAACCUCACGGUGCAUUUUGCACCAACUAUCACAUUUCUCGAAUCUCCAACCUCAGACCACCACUGGUGCAUUCCAUUCACUGUGAAAGGAAACCCCAAACCGACGCUGCAGUGGUUCUAUCAAGGGGCCAUUCUGAAUGAGUCUAAGUACAUCUGUACUAAAAUACAUGUUACCAAUCACACCGAAUACCAUGGCUGCCUUCAGCUGGAUAAUCCUACUCACAUGAACAAUGGUGUCUACACCUUAAUGGCCAAGAAUGAGUAUGGCAAAGAUGAGAAGUGGGUCCAGGCUCACUUCAUGGGCCGUCCUGGAAUUGAUGACGGUACAGACCCAAAUUACGAUAUUGACCUUUAUGGUGGCUAUGAUUAUGAGACCACACCUAAUGAUAUUGGAGAUACUACAAAUAAAAGUAAUCAAAUCACUUCAACAGAUGUUUCCAACAGAGAGAAUGAAGAUAGCAUCACGGUGUAUGUUGUAGUGGGAAUUGCAGCAUUGGUAUGCACUGGUUUGGUGAUAAUGCUGAUUAUUCUUAAAUUUGGAAGACACUCCAAGUUUGGCAUGAAAGGUCCUUCUUCAGUUAUCAGCAAUGAUGAUGACUCCGCCAGUCCACUCCAUCACAUCUCCAAUGGAAGUAACACUCCAUCUUCUUCAGAAGGAGGCCCUGAUGCUGUCAUUAUUGGAAUGACCAAGAUUCCUGUCAUUGAAAAUCCCCAGUACUUUGGAAUCACAAACAGUCAACUCAAGCCAGACACAUUUGUUCAGCACAUCAAGAGACAUAACAUCGUUCUGAAAAGAGAACUAGGCGAAGGAGCCUUUGGAAAAGUUUUCCUAGCCGAGUGUUAUAACCUCUGCCCUGAACAGGACAAGAUCUUGGUGGCUGUAAAGACACUGAAAGAUGCCAGUGAAAAUGCCCGCAAGGACUUCCACCGAGAGGCUGAAUUGUUGACCAAUCUCCAGCAUGAGCAUAUUGUGAAAUUCUAUGGUGUCUGUGUUGAAGGGGAUCCUCUUAUCAUGGUCUUUGAAUAUAUGAAGCAUGGAGAUCUCAACAAAUAUCUCAGGGCCCAUGGUCCAGAUGCUGUGCUCAUGGCAGAAGGCAACCGCCCCACUGAACUGACCCAAUCCCAGAUGUUGCACAUUGCCCAGCAGAUUGCAGCUGGCAUGGUUUACUUGGCAUCCCAGCAUUUUGUGCACCGUGAUCUUGCCACCCGGAACUGCUUGGUCGGAGAGAACCUACUGGUGAAAAUUGGUGACUUUGGGAUGUCCCGUGAUGUAUACAGUACCGACUACUACAGGGUUGGGGGCCAUACAAUGUUACCCAUCCGUUGGAUGCCUCCGGAGAGUAUCAUGUAUAGAAAAUUUACCACGGAAAGUGAUGUCUGGAGCCUGGGGGUUGUCUUAUGGGAGAUCUUCACCUAUGGCAAACAGCCAUGGUAUCAGCUCUCAAACAAUGAGGUAAUUGAAUGCAUCACACAGGGCCGAGUCCUGCAGAGGCCUAGAACGUGUCCAAAGGAAGUGUAUGACCUGAUGCUGGGGUGCUGGCAGCGAGAGCCUCACAUGAGGCUUAACAUCAAAGAUAUCCAUUCCCUCCUUCUGAACUUGGCCAAGGCAUCCCCAGUCUACCUGGAUAUUCUAGGCUAGGGUCCCCACCAACCUUCUAUCCCCCAUUGCACUUCCUCAGACAGGCCAAGUGAACGAUUGUGUUCUAGCUGCCGCUGAACUCCAUCCAAAUGUGUUCUUAACUGACAGUAUUAAUGACAAUGACAUUGAGAAGCUUUCAGAGGGAAGCAGUGUGCACUUCUCCAUCUGUAGACACAGUAUUGACUUCCUUUUGGCAUUAUCAAAUCUUAUCUCUUUUUCUCUUUCUCUUUUUUUCCCCAUCUCCUUGGUUUAUUUUUCUAUUCUUCUCCCUCUUUCCCCUACCCUUACCUUUUCUUUUCAAUCAAUCUGGCUUCUGCAUUAUUAUUAUUAUCUCUGCAUAGACAAAAGCCUUAAAAAAAAAAACCCAACAACAACCAGAUUUGUUUAUCGGCAGAUGCCUGAGUUUGUCCCACAAAACUAACAAUGCCUUCUUGUACUCCUGCCUUUGCAAAGGAUGACAAAAAAAGGGAAAACUUGAGUAUCUGACUUCAACUUUGUGACUUCUGUUGUACAUACAUUGGGAGUUUCUAUGGAUUUGCGUCUAUUUAUUUAUUAUUAUUAUUAUUACUAUUAUUCUUAUCAUCAUCACUAUUAUUUGACUGCUUAAGCCCUUGUAUGGAACAGGAAAAGCCGUGUUCUAUCUGGGAAGCCUAUUUCCAUGGCAGAGAGAAGGAAGACCUGUGGAUGCACUGUAUGGGAAAGCAACAAAGAUUGGAAUCAGCUGGCAUCAGAGCCCACAUGUGAAACUCCAACUCUGUGUGGGAAGGAAGUAUUUGACACAUUUCCCUGAGCACCUUCAUGGAUCAUGGAACCCUGUGCUUUGGGGCUACUCUUUCCCCCAAUGACCAGAUACAGUACAUUAAAGUAGAAAGAAAGAAAAACGUUCCUGAAUUUUACAAGGUAGAAGGCAGUAUUAUAAACUCAGAUGUAACCAUGUCUGUAGGAUGCCAAUGGUUUGUUUGUUUUUUUAAAAGUGUUAUCCACCAAGCCUUUGGUAAAUUAUGCUAAAAUUGGAUGUAUUUUUUGGUACGGUGUUAAUUUCAGGGUCAAGAUUGGAAUCUGAAGGCUUUGAUAAGAUAGGGCAAGCUGUAAAUGCUGAGGCAAAGUUUAUCUCCUGUUGUGCUUAUCAGACAGCAUCUUCUACCUUCCCUUUUUCCUCCCUUUCCCCAUCUCCCCUUUUCACUGUGCAAGCAAAAUCGUGCAUGGUCUUUGUCAAUUAAUACUUUGUGUGCAGGAAUUUACUGUGCACCCUGAGAGGCAUAGCCAAUCCAUAAAGGUGUAACAUAUUUAAUUAGAGAAAGCUAAUGGAAGUCAUUAGAGACGUUGAAACAUUUCUGCAUUGUUACAGAUAAUGCUAGACCAAAACAAAUUCAGACCCUGAAACAUGGAGGUCCUAAUGGAUUGGACCAAAAGGACUGAGAAGGAAAGGUAGUAAUAAAUCCCAGAGGCAACUAAAAUAUGUGGCUCUGUGGUGAUCCCUUGAUAUUCAGUGUAUACAGGCCCUGCCCUUGCUCUGUGCUCCAGUUGGAAGAGUCAUUUCAUUUAGAGCAUUGUUGGCUAUUGGAUGUAUGUGUUGUUGUUGUUUUUAAUUCAUUGAUAUUUUUGUUAUUGUUGUUAGGCAUGGCAUGGUUUGCCAAAGGGAGACUGUGUCCAGAUUUAGCAUUGGAGGCAAGCUCAUAGAUAAAUACUUUCUGCAAAAAAAAAAAAAAAAAAAAGAAAAGAAAAGAAAAAAGAAAAAAAAGAAAAAAAAAAGGAUAUAAAUUGAAAUUUAAAGUUAUUAUUAUUAGUGAUACCAAGAAAGAAGUCCCUUUUAAUCUUUAUGCCUCCCUCUAUGAGGGGGGCUUUUGCUGAAAAAUUGACCUCUUUAUAACAUGAGCCAGAUUGAAAAGGAGUCAUUUUUUAUUUAUUGAUUUUUUUUUAAUUUUAGAAGUUGAGUGUUUUGUUUCUUAUGUGCAAUCACUGUGUUGCUGUUCGAGUUCCAUACAUUAUUUAUUGAGGUACCUUCUUCUCCUUGAAAGGCAUUUAAAUCCAGUCCUCAAAAAUUCAAAAUGUAAACAAAAGACAAAAAACAAAUUUUAAAAUCUAAAACCAACCAUUCUCUAUAAUUUGCUGGUCAGUGAGUGACAGGAUUAAAAUGUUUUCAUUUGUGAAUGAUAAGAAAACAAUCAAAAAUAGACAUACUAAUAUAAUGAAAGCCAUAUCUAUCAUUAAGAAAUCAUAUUACUUUUCAAUCACUGUGGAAAGCUAGUGGAAGAAGGAAUAGAACAGUUUCAUACAUAGCCAUUUCUGCAAAGCCAUGGAUGCUGACAGGAGCAGGGCAGUACCAUAGACCAUCGUGGAAUAGGCUUGUUUUGUCAGAGCUUUAUCAGGUUGAGUUAAUCUUAUUAGAAAAGUCACUUAUUUUUAUUUCAUAAAUUUUCUAAUAAGACAAUAGCCUACUGGAUCAGAAUCAAGAAGAACUGUGCAGUUUUAGGGUGAAAGAUUAUCAGAAUUGAAUGGAAAGCUGGGACAAUGAGAUCCAGGUUUAUUUCAUCACAGAGCAGUUUUGUAUCCUUGUCGAUGAGGGGAAAAAGAAGAAAUGUCCCCUUGCAGUCCAUCAGAAAAGCACUUUGAAGUUAUGAGAUGAAAGGUUCUAUGCAAGUGCAAAGUAUUAUUAUUUAUUGCUAUUUAUUAUUGUUGUCAUUGUUAUUAUUGCUGCUAUUUCUAUUCCUGUUGUUUGUGUUCAUGUGAGAGAUCAUCUCACCUUCAAAGAAAAGUGGCAGGUUCUCAAAGAAGCUGGAUAAGCAGCAAAAACAAACAAAAAAUACCUUGACCUUAUUGAUCCUCGUCCCUUCAUCUCCCCUCAAUGCCUCCCUAUUCUGUAUCAAAAGAGUGUCCUCCUAUAAGAUAGAGAAAAUGUCUAGUGGUUUAAGAAUAUGUAUUGCAAGUCAUAAUGCAGGGCAAUCCAAAGGACCUAGUGGCCUAAUCCAAAUCAAGUUAUUCCAAUGUUCCUAAGGGAGAAAGUCCAGAUCUUUCUGGGAGCAGAUCCCUUUUUAAGUUGAUUUUUGAUUGUCAUACACUGAAAACUCUUUGCUGGACUGUCCAUCCUGAGUUAGGGCUCAGGAAAUGUAACAAGCUUCUAUGGAUGUAUAUCCAUAGAAGUUUGUCACAUUUGUCACAUAUAUAUAUAUAUAUAUAUCCUCCACCAAGAAGCACCUGAAAUCAAAACUAUAGCCCAUGCAAAUGAGCAGUGAACAAAAGAAAAAUCUGCGUUCCUUAAUUCACCCCUGGGGUUUAAAGUUAGCCGAAUAAGCAGAAAAGCAAGAGAAGAAAAAUAGAUAGCCACGAGGUGAGCUGCUUCUAUGCUAAUUUUGCUCAGUUUUAAUGAAGCCCUGAUAUGCUGAGCAAAUAUGACAAUCAGGCUUAUUUAGAAACCUUUCUGGACUAUGCUGUAAAGGAUCAUACAAAUAAUUCACAUUCUAGGUGUGUAUAUUUACAUAAGUUACACAUGUGGUAUUUACAUGUAUUUAUAUAUGUUGCAUUUGGUUUAUACAUGUACAAACAUGCACACACAAUGUGCUUACGUAUUUAUGUAUAAAUGUAUACCCCCACAUUCAUAGGAAUAGCUGUAAUUAGAAUAAAGUAUUGCUAGAUUGAGCUAAACUGAUAAAUAACCAAAUUUUUAAUUUUUAAAAAUCAUCUUGUAAUUAAUGUUUCCUUUCUCUAAUGUCUCCUACAGUAGUAGGACAAAUGGGAGACCCUGCAUAUUUAGAAUGUUGGUAUGAGCACCAUCACACCCCAUUUUGUGCAUCCACUGAUUUUUUGCACAGCAGAUUGGAUUAAGAAAGUAAUUCUCAGUGUACAGUUCCAGGAGAGAAAAUUUGGUUUUUAUCACUCAGUACCAUCAUUUUUCUAUUGUCCCAUUUUGAUACUUGUGCCCUCUGGGGAUUUCAUACUGGUGUGCAGAAACCAAGAAUUCCAAAGGAAAAACUGGAAUGUUUGGGGCACAAUGCCUCCCCCUCUCUAAGAGAACAAUGGUGAGAAGUCCAAGACCCUGGAAUAAUAGCAGCAAAUGUUAGGCGCUUCCCACAUUCUCCCCUUCAACCUCCCUAAAUCUGCAGAAUACAAACAAGCUGGAUGGAAUGCAGUCUUUUAUGUAAGGAUACAUGGCCUCCUUGUCAUAAAUGGACUUCUCCCCACCCUUUAAUUUUUUUUAGAACAGCAUGGUUUUUAGAGAUACAUGGUCUCUGACCCAAUAAAUAGCUACAUCCCACCUUCCCCCCUCUGUCUUUUUCCUUCCCCUCUCUUCCUUGUCUUCUUCUUUCUCUCUCCCCCUUCUCUCCCUCUUUUCCCAUCUCUUCUUUUCCCUUCUUUCUACUUUCCCUUUCCUCCUCUCUUUCCCUUUCUUUCUUUCUCCUUUUCUCCCUCUCUCCUCUCUUCCCUUCAUCCUCAUUCUCCUCUUUCCCUUUCUUUCUUCCUCCUUUUCUCUCCCUCUCUUUCCCCCUCUCCUCUCUUCUCUCACCCCUCCACUCCUUCUUUUCUUUUUUCUCUUCUUUUCACCUCGCAGAGAUUUUUCCUUUUGGAUUGUGGCUUUGUCUUUGUCUUGCUAUUACAAAAGAAAUGAAAUGAGAAAUAUCUCAGGACGCAGCCAAUGUUCUAAAUCCCCAGAUGUCCAGGUCACCAGUUGAGUAAAUUGGUGAUGCAUACUAAUACUCACCAAGACUCUCCCUAAGGCUAACAUAGUUUGUAAAUGGACAUCAAAAUGUUAUUCUAGUGAAUUUGGAUUGGGCAAGAGGUCGGGAUUUAUAAAGACCCAGGUUUCAAUAGCACAGAAAGUUAUAUGAGUUGUUAUCGUCAGGGCUGGAAUGAAUCACUACUGCUCCAGUCAAGGGGUCCUUAAAGAACCUGCAUUUGGGUUGUUUACUUGCAUUUUCCCCAAUUCUUUUUCUUCCUUCUUUGCUACAUUCGUCACAAAUAAAAAGCAAAAAACAACAAUAACAAAGGUUUGUGCGUUGCAAGCAAAACACUGUGAAUUUCACAACAGCAACCAAACUAUUCUUUUGCCAUCUAAAUAUAUGUCUCAGGAGAAGUGGGGAAAGAUGGGGGGGACGGGGAUUAUUUUACAGUCUAUGCAUUCUAGGGCCAGGUCGAUGUUUAUCAGUUCAGUUUCUGCAUCAAAGAAGCCCCAAGCAAAGAGUUACUAGACAUACGUCUUUUUGAAAAGGAAGUGUAUUGGAUGAGUAUCCUAGAAACUGUUAGUAGCCAAAUAAUUGAACAGAAAAGAAAAAUGAAGAUGAAGUGGAAUGGGAUGUCUAUAGAGGCCUAUAUCUUGCAGCUUAUGUGUAUAUUUCUGUCGCUUAAAGAAAAAAUUAUUUGUGUGAAACAACUGAAUGUGUUUUAAAUAACAAGGUCUUUUAAUUAAAUGUGGAUUUCAAUUAUGUAACCCUUUUUAAAAAAAGACCAAAUUUUGAUGAAAUAUUGGUUCCUGCUCUGGUCUACCUAUACUUCAUGUAUCUGUGUAGAGAUACAGGAAUUAUAUACAUUUGUGUAUGUAUAUAGAGAGAUGUUUGUAUAUAUCCAGACAGUAUAUACAUACAUUUCAAUAUCUCUCUAUGGAUAAACUUUUCACUAAUCCAUGACCUGGUGUUUGGAGCACUCUUUCUCUCUUAUCCCCUUUCUCUCUUUCUCCCUCUGUUCAAUUUAUUUUUCCUUAACUUUCCUUUCAUUUUAUUUGUUGUGAUGUCUCUGUACAGAUGCCUAGUGGUUCUCAUUUUUGCAGUCUGUUAUAGAGGUCCAUUGCUUUAAAAAAAAAAAAAAAAAAAAAGGCCCACUUGCAUCUUGGCUGAUUUCAAAGUGACAUCUGAGUAUCAGUGUUUAAAAAGCAAGUUUUGUUUGUGAAUCAUGUGACCAGCUUCUCUCAACCUGACAUGGAAAGUCUCUUGUACUACAGUGUAUUUAAUAAAAAUGAUGUCUUAAAAUAAACAAUGUCAUACAAAGA